AUGAUCUCAGGCGCCCAGAUCCCGCGCCGGAUAGCCGUAGGCGCGGCCAUCACGCUCAGCCUGCUGCUGGUCUGGACCACGCGUCUCCGGCCGUUCCCGUGGGAGCGGCCGGCGCAGAUGGUGUACGGCCCACCAGAUCCGCCGGCGCACGUCGUGGACUACCUUGAGCAGGCGUACUCGGUCGCGGAGCCGGCGCCGGGGCACUACCAGUACACGGGGCUGCGGGAGGCGUGCGACCACGCGCCGGACGCCGACGACGACACGCCGUUCCUGAACUGCGUCGGCAUGGUGGCCGGCAUCACGUCCAUCGUGGCGCAGGUCAAGGUGUGCCUGAAGAUGGCCGUCGACACGGGCUCGCACCUGGUGCUGCCGCGCAUGCCGCUGCGCAGCUCCGAGGACCUGACGGCGUUCAACUUCCUGAACGACGAGGCCUACAUGGCCUACGAUGAGUGGUUCGAUGCCGACCACCUGCGCCGGGUCCUGGGGCGCGCGUGCCCGCGCAUGCGCAUCGUGCACCCCGCAGAGCUGGAAGACGGCGGCGGCGGUGGCAGCAUCGAGGUCAAGCACCGGUGGUCCGUCUCGGUCGAUCAGGCGCUGGGGUACCGGAAGGCGCAGAGCUACUUCUGGGCUGGCCGGCCCUUCAAGAACUGGUUCGACGAGCAGUACCUCAGGCUCCGGUUCCUGAAUAAUGCGAACCCGAACAAAGACCCCAUAAAACGGGGCAUCACGGUCGUGAACAUCGAUUCCGAGUUCCUCCUCUUCCGCAUCACAGACGACCCUACCGGGCGAGAGCUACAUCUGUGGAACGACCUAUCGCACCUCGUCCGCUUCCGAGAGCAGCCACGCCAGAUCGUACACAAUUUGCUGCAGAAGCUCCCUCGGCCUUACUACGGGGUGCACUUCCGCGUCGAGAACGACACCAUCUGGUCCUCGCUUGAGAACCAGCUGAAGGUGGACCUCGAUGCCCUGGACCUAGCCUGGAACAGAUUCGGGAAGCCGGGCCUGCAGAAGCCCCUGGUGUACCUAGCUUGCGGCGACCAGGUGCAGGUAGAGAAGUUCGUCGAGGCGGGGGCUGCGCGAGGAUGGGAGGUGACGCACAAGUGGAAGCUGGCGAAAGACGACCCAGCGACGACCCAGAUGAUAAACAGCUUGGCUUUUGAUUUUCAGGGGGUGGUGGAUAUGGGUAUCAUGGUCCGCGCGCAGUUCUUUUUCGGGAUCACGGGCAGUGCAUUUUCGUCGACGAUAGCACAUUUGCGCGACGUGACCGGCCGGUAUAGAGGCAGUUCGUUUGAUGUGUGGGACGACGAGGGUGCCGCGAGCCAUCUGUUCUUUGAGGGCGACACGCAAUAUGCCUGCUGUUUAUGA